AUGUCUUUGCGGGGGCCCAUGCGACGAUCGCACUUAAGGCAAGUGAGCGCGGCGAGCUUGGAGAGCAGCUCCACCCACUCACUGGAGACCUCGAACCGUGAUCAUGAGCACGACCAAACCACAGAUGAGCGCACUGUCAGAUUAACCUCAGCAAGCUGGGCAAGACACCAAUGUGCGCUUUGGGUGCACGAUGAGAUGUUUUCCCGUGAAGAGAUCUUGUUGAAUCCAUCGGCUCUCGGCGAAACUGAAGUGCAAGUCGGCGAUGUCGUCGAGAUCCUACCGGUGCGAGCACCGGGCGAUUCUGCCUACUCCACUUUAAAGCCAGAGGCAGCCUUGAAAGCAGCUCGUGAGAGCCAUGCCGAACUAAACUUGGCGUCUCAGGCGGAUGGUACCUCAAAAUUCAAGACUCCGUUGCAAAGUCGCUGUCUGUUCGUGGUGAAAGCCCUCCCACCAGAAAUCAAAGCUCGACACCCUCAGUUAGAGAUCUCAGUGACCAACAACAUUGCCAACAUCUUUGGUUUUAAGAACAGAACGCAAGUUGUAUUGUCUACUGUGGACCGAGAUCAAUGUGCGGCCUCUCAUGUUGACAUCGCCUUUCGUGAUCAAUACAUGGUUCGAUCGGAUAUGUGGAGACUUGUCAUGUCAGAAUUAUCAGACAAAAUAAUAUACAAAGGACAGAAAAUCAUGUUUAUGGGGAGCAUCAAAGCCACGGUCAAGAACAUCUUUAUCCGAGAAAAGAAAUGUCUCUCGGGGUACUUUUCACCACAAACGAUCCCUAUCUUCCGAAGCGAGUCCGCGAAAUAUGUUUUGUUCAUUCAGAUGUCAAAAGAAAUGUGGGACUUUGAUUCUGAAGGGACUGGUGAUAUUCUAUUCAGCCGAGUUAUCAAUGGCUUUCUGCCGGAGCUCUUCAAACGAUGGGCCGGUUCUGACGCAAAACAUCUGGUGACCAUCGUGAUGUUCACUCGAGUGGAAUAUGACAUGCCCAACUAUCUAAGCCAGUCUAAACUUAGCGCUGGGAACUUGAAUACCAAGUCCGGACCAAACAAAGCCCCGACCCGAGAUUUUUAUCGCGUGGUGGUGAAUGAUAUGGCCAGCGGUCAUUGGACUACUAUCUUAGACGAGCUGAAAAAAGAAUUCAGGACAUUUUUGCGAGAUGUCUCCAUGCUAAAAACGGAUGACAUUGAUGUGGCACCUGGCAGCAAUAUCAAGGCUCCUUCCAAGCCGAACAUGGCGACCAUUGCUGGACAUCCCACCUCAGCUCUGCGAGGGAAUAUCCUAGAGGCUAUUCACCUCGCCUCCGCUCACCUGGCUUUCGAUCAUAUCGAUCGAGACAUGGUCCACACUGGUACCUCAAUUAUCGUCAUUACGCCGGGUAGCGGCGUUUUUGAGGUGUCUUACGAGUCUUUAGCUUCUACAACAGAAGCACUUGCAAAUCGGGGCAUAGCGAUUGACCUAGUUUGCUUAAGCCCGAUGCCUCUCCAUUCAGUGCCACUAUUCAAAUACCGGGAGCCAGUGGAGCGACAUUUUGGAGAUUUGGCAGAGACUGGACCGGGUGAAGCUCACACGGAGAGGGUAUCUCCUGAAAUACAUCAUUCCUUGUCAAGCGUUGUGAGCAGAUCGUCGUAUCUUUCUCCAAGUUCGUACCUUUCUGCAACCAGGAUAAGGGAAAGGGCGAAACCUCAAGCCAAAAACUGGAGUUUCGGUAUACCUCAUUGGCUCGACAUCUCUUAUUGGAACCCUGAAACAUACCGCGAGGCCCGCCGCAUCCUGAAAAAGGACCCCAAUGCCCCUAUAUCCCUUACUGUCACCCGGCCAUCCAAAGCAUUCACGCCGCGAGUACGUAUGUAUGAAAUCCAAAUGAUGGGAGUCAUGGAAAGUGAGCAAGCAAACAUUACUAUUCCUUAUCUUACUGAAGGGCGCGGGACAACUAGGCUGCGUGGAUCUUGGCCCAGCUACACUGCGGCCAAUCGCGCAGCACCGAAAGCGCGGUUUGCAAAUCCUUCAUCCUUCAAGGCGCAACUAAGUGAUAGUUUGCGUCCGGGUUCCUUCAUUCAGAACCACGCAGACCAGGAUGACUUGCAAAUCCGAGAUCCGCGGACUUCACGGAAGGAAGUGAUGACUUGGAUGGACCACUACGACGAUAAUAUCUUUGCUGUUUCUCCAAAACGGCAGGUCAACAAGAUUUCCAAAGCAAAGCGGCCUAGUGAAACGGAAUUUCAAGCUGCUGGUGUCGGGGUGCAUGAAAGGUUAUCUGCUCGCUCCAUCACGCGCCUGCGCCAUCAUGAAACGAAUCCAGCAGAUGAGAAUGAUUCUUUACACUCUGGACCUCGAAGAAUUGACUCAAAUAUGACCACACCAAGAAGCCCUGUCUCUGUUCAAAGCAUUUCUCCUAUAAAGCCAGCCUUGAAAAAGACACCUGUGCCAAUAGCCUCGCGGAUUUCGAGGACGAUCAGCUUCGCGCUUCGAGGCUUAAGCGCGACUCCUCCAAGAGCCUCAGCAAGUACAGGGAUCAAUGUGGAACAUGCUAGUGCUAUGCCCAUGACAAAACAAACAACCCCCGCUGGAUCUAUCUCUGAUGCGAGGAGUAUUUCUUCUUUGAGCCCAUCAGAAACAGCAUCGACUACAACCGCUUUCGAGACACUUUCGACACCUGCAACGCCCAUCAAGUCUUCUCAAAAACUUUCUAAACCGAUUUCCAUCAAAAUACCUCCUAAAAUUCCUUCGAAGGAGUCCGAACAACCAGAACAUGCGGACCCCCGUGGACCAUUCCCAGCGGAGACAACAGCGAAUGUAGUGGGUCAGCAUCAACGUGAAGGUGCCUCGAACGAUCCCAAGAUUGAGAUUACACUCACCCAUAAUUCACGCGAGCCUCUUACGCGAAACUCCCCAAGUAAAGCUUUGUCUCCAUGGGUCCGAUCGGUCAACCCAUGCAAUACCCCCAAAGAUGUGCUGCGAGAUACCAGUUGGUUUGGCCGCUGGCAACAUGCAUAUCCUCGCCCCCCACAUGUGGCUGUAGUAAAGUGGAAGAGCUUAAAGUCUCCCGCAGUGCUUCCAUUGACAACGGAAGAAUUUCCAACAGCCAGCGAGCUCGCUUUGGAUUAUCUCCAAACACCAUACCGUGUGUUCCCAAAUGAAGAUUCCGAAGGCAUUGAAGCACCGAAGACACGCGGAGUACUUUUGCGAGAAAUGAUCUCGCUGCGACUUUCUCACGGCUUCCAAAUCAUUGUUGGAAAGCAUGUAGCUGAAGUUUCCGCUCAACCCGCCCUUGAAUCAUUGAAUGUAUUUGAUUUCAGAGGUAUAGAGCGUGAUGGGCUCACGGUGUUCCUCUCCAAAGGCAACACGAUCCACCGACUCGUUUGUAUACAAGGAGGAGAAGUUGAAGUAACCCGCUUCACGCAUCAAAACUCUGCGGUGCUCACUCCUCCCAAAAGGCCUUCCUACACUCUCUACCAACCGGCCAUGAAAACAAUAAUGAGUGAAGAAUACGAAGUGAAAAACAUCAAGCUCGACCCGACUUCUGAGGAGUACAACUGGAACUAUGCCGACAAUUACGUGGCUGGUCAUAGAGAUUAUCUCCAGAACCCGGCCCAGCAGCUGCAUUUCUGGCGAGUUCGUUACGUCUUGAUCCCGCUCCAGCUUCACGCCAACUCUAGGCGGAAUAUGCAGUCUUCCCACGAGGACAACGAGGAAGAAAUUCAUUUGCUAGGAAUCAGCCAAUUGACCCAUAUCUGGCAACGGUACAAAUAUGUGUCGCCAGAAGAAAAACUUUUCGAUACGUCGAAUCCUAAGCGAGACCAAAAUCCCUUGAACAUCAUGUACCAAACACGGAAUCCAUCGGAGGUUGUUACAGCAGAACUCGAUCGUUUGCUGCUUACUGAUCCAGGGCUUGACAACGCCCCUGCUCAGCUUCUGCCCGAGUCAGAGCUUUUGGACAGAUCUAGUAUCAGUCUUUCGUCCUUGGCGCAGAUCAUCCAAGGCGAAAAGGGCGUCCGGAUGAUGGACCGACGAUGGCAUUGGAGGUUACACUACAACUGCUUCAUCGGGUUUGAAUUUACAACCUGGCUAUUGCAAAACAUACGCGAUAUUGAUACUCGCGACCAAGCAGUCAAAUUCGGCAACGAACUGAUUGAACAUGGUUUGUUCCAGCACGUGGAAAAGAGACACAAUUUCCGCGAUGGCAACUACUUCUAUCAAAUGUGUGCAGAGUAUCGUGUCACCCGUCCAGAGUCUCGAGGAAGCUGGUUCCCUCAGCUUCGAACAGACAAGUCGAUGCCGUCAACACCCGCCGUUGGCACUGCAAAGGACUCUCCUGCCAGCCUCAAGGCUCGAUCGGACAGCAUCGACGAGCAUAUACCGCAGACCCCCAAUACUCCUUCCAAGACGAAAAACAAAGUCGCCAUUAUGCUGUCCAAAUCUAUGAAGUAUGACGUUGAUCCGCGCAAGCGGUCGAAUCGACCAGAAGUCAUUGACCUUCACUGGGACCGCCUGCAUAAUCCCGAGAACUGUUUCCACAUCGAACUCAGCUGGAUGAGCACCACCCCCAAAUUGAUUGAGGAUACCGUACUUUCUUGGGCCUCGACUGCCGACAAAUUUGGGCUCAAAUUGGUACAAGUCCCGAUUUCCGAAGGCUGUGCCAUUGACAAGACGCAGCCAUUCCGGAAACCCUAUCGGGUCAAACUCAAGGUCCCGCCGCCCAAGGGACCCCUUCAUACUGUGUUCAACAAUGCAUCGUUUGCGCAACCGGGUCCGCCCGAUCGCCUGUAUUACCAGAAGGCCAUACUACGGAAGUUCGAUUUUGUGCUAGACUUCGAAGCCUGUUCUGCAUUCCCAGCUGAUGUUGAAGUGUACUACUCAUGGGGAAAGCCCGAUUAUGUUUACCCUCAGUUCAUUCACCGAAGCGGAUGCCUCAUCGCCCAGGUCACCGACGAAGGCGAUUUCCUCAUCCUUGCCAAUCGGCUAGUGAGCACUCGCACCACCCCUAGUCGAGACGCGAACCGCUUUGAGGGCCAUAAUCGAUCCGACUUCCGUGGCCGCGCACCAAACCACGAUGGACUUGACCGUGUAUCGCCUCGGCUGUCGCCGAUCACCAGACCCAUUCUUGACAUUGGCAGCAUCGGCAGCCCACUUACCCCAUCAUCAGGGUAUCCCAACAUUGACUCUGCGGGCCUUUAUCGCGCCCCUGAAAACAUCCUGAGCGGCCUACUUGAGUUCUGCCAUGAUGCGGCCCAGCUACAGCAGUUUUACUCCGAAUCUUACAUUCGUCCAUCGUCAACUAAGGUGCAGCCGGUUACCACAAACCUAAUGGACGCCUCGAUUCCGUCGCUGGAGCUUCCCGCCAGCGUGGUUUCUCAUCAUAUCUCGCCACCGCCGGGUUUGUCCCGAAUCAGUCAAGACUCGCGCGAAGGAUUGAUGUCCCCGGAAUUUACGCGCGCCAGAGCUCGUGCGGAAAGUCUGAAUCACAAUGCAAGCCCCAGGAGUGGCAGCUUACGACCCUUGAUCUAA